UCGUCUACAUUCAAAACGGUUUACUCCCGACUUCCACCCCGCUCCCACGUUAGGAUCCAGAAUCCAAUAAAUGUUUGUAACGUUAGUUUAAACCUGUGACCUCAUCGUCAUCACGUCCCCCCCGUCCCCCUCCACCCCCCCGACAGCGACGAGGAGGAAGUGCUCGCGCUCCCGAUCGUGGAAACACGUUCAUUAACGUCGCCGCAGGUCGUGCGGCAUCAUGAGUCAGCGGGCGGAGCGACGAGGCGGGAUCCACGUGGACCAGUCGGACCUACUGUGCAAAAAGGGAUGCGGUUACUACGGCAACGCGGGUUGGCAGGGCCUGUGCUCCAAGUGCUGGAGGGAGGAGUACCAGCGGGUACGGCAGAAACAGAUCCAGGACGACUGGGCCUUGGCAGAAAAGUUGCAGCGGGAGGAGGAGGCAGCGUACGCCAGCAGCCAUGGAGCCCAGUCCCACUCCCAGUCCACGGCACCACAAGCACACCCGGGGCAUGCCUCACUGGGAUCCUUCUCCAAGUUUGAGGAGAAGAAGACCAACGAGAAGACGCGGAAAGUGACCACCGUUAAGAAGUUCUUCAGCCCCUCGUCGCGUACUGCUCCCAAAAAAGAAACCCCAGAGGGCAAGUCGCCCAGUCCGUCGAUCAGCCGCCGUGCCAGUUUAGACACCGACCAGGUGUCCAAGGACUUUGCGGACUACUUGAAGAAUCUCCAGAAGCCCGGCCGGGAGAUCCAAAAGCAGUGCCGGGCUUUCAUCGUGAACAUGUCGAGCAAGAAGGACCUGGGUGCCGACGAGCUGUCUGAGUGUGUUCAGGAUUUCUACCAGAGCUUGGCCGACCGCCUGAUGGGUCACUACAAAGCCUCUUCAGAGUCUGUGGAGCAGGUGAUGGACCAAGUGGAAAAGUACAUAAUGACUCGUCUGUACAAGAGUGUAUUCUGUCCAGAAACCACCGACGAUGAGAAGAAGGACUUGACCACACAGAACCGGAUAAGGGCCUUACACUGGGUGACCAUCGAGAUGCUCUGUGUGUCCAUGGAUGAAGAAAUCCCUGAAGUCUCUGAGAACGUGGACAAAGCGAUAACAGACGUCAUUGAGAUGGACUCGAAGAGGGUCCCUCGGGACAAACUGGGGUGCAUCACGCGUUGCAGCAAACACAUCUUCAGCGCCAUCAGGAUCACCAAGAAGGAGCCCGCCUCCGCCGACGACUUCCUGCCCGCGCUCAUCCACAUCGUGCUCAAAGCCAACCCGCCGCGACUUCAGUCCAACAUCCAGUACAUCACCCGCUUCUGUAACCCCAGCAGGCUGAUGACCGGAGAGGACGGAUACUACUUCACCAACCUGUGCUGCGCGGUGGCCUUCAUCGAGAAGCUGGACGCUCAGUCGCUCAACCUUUCCCCGGAGGAGUUCGAGCGCUACAUGUCGGGCCAGGCCUCGCCGCGCCGCGACAGCUCGGAGGGCGGCCGCGCCGAGCCGCCGCCGCCGCCACCGCCGGUCGCCAUCAACCCCGUCCUGGCUCAGCUGAACCACAACCUGGAGGCGCUGUCGGGCCUCGGCAGGCGGCAGGACGCGCUGAUGGAGGCCGCUCGGGGCCUGCAGGCCGACCUGCUCUCCUGGCCCGAGAGCGUGCAGCGGGAGGUGGACCAGGUGCUGGAGAAAUACCCCCUGGAGGUUCGGUCUCGCACCCUUUCCGCCAUCGACGACAACAACGUGGACAACGACAACCUGCCGCCGCCGCUCACGCCCCAGGUGUUCGCCGGGUAGGGGAGGCUUCACUAACAUUUCAGAGGAAAGAGAGAGCAGCUCUCAGGUACGGUCGAUUACCUGGAUACGUUCCUUCAUCCCCACUUCGUGCUUUUACUCCACUAAAUUGAUUUGGUAAAUUUAGUUACUGUGUAGAUACAGAUUAAAAGUACUUAAUUUAGUUAACUUAUACAUUAUAAUGUAUUGUUAUAGGUUAGGCUAACCAGCAGUAUAUAAAGCAACUGAAAUGAUAUAUACUUUAGAUACCAGCUGCUACAUCAAUGUGAUUAACACGAUAAACAUCGUGUACUUCUGGUCAGUGACAAAAAGAAAAGGGACCAAAGGUCACCGGGAGAAACUCAAAGUGUUGACCAACGUGACUCUUCUUCUGCUCUUCAAUCACAUUUGCUGGUUUUUAUUUACCCUGGUACUUGGUUUGUCUGAAAAAACAACAGCGAGUCUGUAUUUUGGUGACGUGUUGUGUGUGUGUUUUUUUAAUCUCCAUUAGAGAGGUGAGGUGGCAGCGUGGUGCAGUACAAAGUGCUCUUGAUUUAGGGAAAGAUGUGUACGGUGCGAUGAACUUAACGUAUUUUUUCUCAAAAAAGACCAUUUUACGACUUGACUUUUGAAAGUAUCUUUUCAAAUUGACAUGAUUUGUCUCCCGUCAUCAACUACCGUACUUAUUUUUUGCAAAAUAAGGUCCCAUGGCAAAAAUAUGAAGGGGAGGGACUUUGCCUCUAAAUACGUUUAACAUGUGUGUAAAAUGUUGAACAUAAAUCCAGCUGUAACACAUUUAGAAGAAACACAGAACCACUGUGGAACAAUAUUCUCAUCAUUGUUGAGUAUGAAAUUAACUUUAAGAAGCUUGUUCUUUUAUCUUUAGCAACACAAUGAUUUAACGUUGUUCUCUGUUUGUAGAGUCGACUGUAUUCAACAGCUUAUUUACCUUCAUCAUUAAUCAGUUUUUGAAAUACAAAAGAUGAAAGAAAACUAAACCACAAUAUGUUUUAAAUAUUGAUUUCUAUGGUUUGCAUAUUGGCGGUAUGAGAUUGGAAAGGAUUGUCUGCUGCCCAACACGUGGUUUUGUUUUCGUGUUGACUCAUUUGCUUGAGGAUCUUUUUAGUAUUUUAAUUCAGCGACUUGUAAUACACUAAAAUAAUCUAUUACUGUAAAUUAUAAUGUGUACUUAUCAGGGCCCUUUUCGGCCAUUGACGGUCAAUAAUGUAAGAAAACCUGAAAUUAUCCAGUUAAUUCUAAUUUUAUCCUUUGAUGUCGUUUAAAAAAAAAAAAAACAUUAUUUGAAAGACCAGCGUGCUCUUAUUUUGAAAAAAAGGCCCAAUGAAUAGGUGGUGUCAAAACCACGUCUAGCGGUCAUUUACUUAUAUUUAUGUAUUUGGGGUGACUGCCAGUGACACAGGCAGUGUAAUGCAGUGACAAAUGGUGAAAUGAAUUGAGACCGAAAGUUUCAUUGAGCAGAUUUAUGAAGCUAACUUUUGUGUUCACAAUAAAGUUAUUGAUGAGAAUCACAUUUCAUGCGUUGCGCUGAAUGACAACAAAGCUCUACGGAACUAGUGUGUAAAUAUUCAAAUGAACCACAUUGUACUAAAGGUUGGUGAAUGAUGCUGAUGUUGGAAAAGGAUGUUGACAGUUUGAAAUAAAAUAAAGACACCGAAGUGACACUAAUUGAUCGGAGGUUUGAGGGGUCGAGGAGACGUUCAGAUUCAGUAAAAGUACCGAUGCCACACAGUAAAAAUUGAAAUUGAAAAUGUUAAAGCAUGCAGAGAGUAGAAUUAAACACAAGCCCAGAAAUACUAAAUCUAUAAAAGGUCACUGCUUUGCUGUUGUAUAUUUAAAACUGUUAUCUAAUGCCGUCUUUCACUAGAAAGCGUUUAUUUGGCAAAAAUUAGAAAUAUUUUGUGGUUUCAGUUUCUCAAAUGUGAUGUUUUGCCUUUCAAUAAAAACAUUUGAAAAUA